AUGGGCAACAGACAGAUCAGCGACAACCUCAAAGACGCUGCAUUGUGCAUGGUGAACAAAGGCUAUGCAACCCCUGAAAUCCUCUCCAUCACACAGAUCUCAAAGUCAACUAUCUACUGCACUCAAUGUUGUAAACGAGCCACUGGCAGUGUAGCUAAGAUUCAGGCAAUUGGCAGGGGCAGGCCUCGGGCUUUCACCCAGCAUGACAUCCAGUUUCUCAUCUGGCUUGCUCGUCACAACCCAACCCUAUUCCUUGAUGAAUACCAAAUGAGACUUUGA